CGCGUUACACGCAAGUGGACGAGUGGUUGCAUGCGGCAACAAGAGAUGAUGGAGGAAGGAGCGCCCGUGUGGGUCAUGCACGCGGCGCGAUGGAAUGUCGCCGUGAUACAGUCCAUUUCGCAACAUGGAACGAUCAGUUGUUGCCUCGUCGACACCCCAGCGCUUGUUGAAGUGGACGCGACUGCCAGAAAGGACAAUAUCCAUCCAUGCAACCCCGUCGAGCAACACCGCAGCGGCGUCGACGACCUCACGACGCUGGUACAUUUGCACGAACCCGCCAUUCUCAACGCUCUUCGAGUUCGGUACCGCAACGAUCAGAUCUACACACGCGCUGGAACAAUCUUAGUCGCCGUGAAUCCGUUCCAGUCGCUGGACCUGUACGAUGACGCUACCCAGCGACGGUACAUACAUGCUGGACGUACACGUCGCGACGGAGACAGUGUACUUGCACCCCACGUCUUUCAAGUUGCGGACAGAGCCUACCACGAGAUGCUCUCGACACGGCACAACCAAAGCAUCUUGGUGAGCGGAGAAAGUGGCGCUGGCAAGACAGAAACCACCAAGCUCAUCAUGACGUACUUAGCGUCCGUGUCUUCGUCUCGUGCUGACAACGCCGUGCGCGACCGCAUCUUGGAAUCGACGCCCAUCUUAGAAGCGUUUGGGAACGCCAUGACGACGCGGAACAGCAACAGCAGUCGCUUUGGCAAGUUCAUUCGGUUGGGAUUUGACGCAGCGUCGGGCGAGUUGGUCGGCGCGUCCAUCGCCACGUACUUGCUGGAACGCGUGCGGCUGAUUUCUCACGGCGUGGGGGAGCGCAACUACCACAUUUUUUACGAGCUGUGCGCGUCCCCCGCAUCCAAGUCGCUUUUGGGGCUGGACCGGUCAUUUGCCUACCUCGAAUCGUCCAUCAUGGGCCAUCGAAGCCGUCGCGAUGGCGUCGACGACGCAGCGCAGUUUGAAGUCACGCACCACGCCAUGACCACGAUUGGGCUGUCCAAUCACAACAUUGCGUCCGUGUUGCAGGUAGUGGCGGCCGUGCUGCAUCUCGGCAACUUGGAGUUUGUUCCUGUCCAGGGGGGUACGAGUUGUCGCUUGAGCUACGACGACGACACGACCCGGUUCUGCUCGUCCUUGUUGGGCAUUGCGUACGACCACAUGCAAGAAGCGCUGACCACCCGUCGCAUCAAAGCUGGGGGGGACGUUGUGACUGUGGGCCUGUCGCCCGACGCCGCCGCGCACUCUCGCGACGUUGUGGCCAAGUCCAUGUACGCGCGGUUGUUUGAAUGGCUCGUGGGUCGGAUCAACGCCGCGACUUCAAGUCCAACCACGUCGACAUUGCACUUGAUUGGCGUCGUGGAUAUUUUCGGGUUUGAAAGCUUUGCCACCAACUCGCUCGAGCAGCUGUGCAUCAAUUACGCCAACGAAAAGCUGCAGCAAUUGUUUACCAAGUACGUGUUUGAGCUCGAGCAACGCGAAUACGUGGCCGAGGGCAUUCCGUGGACGAUGGUGGCGUACCCCAACAACGACGUGUGCGUGACACUGUUCGAGUCGCGGCCCCAUGGCCUGUUUAGCCUCUUGGACGAACAAUGCAUGAUUCCUCGGGGAAACGACAAGCAACUGCUGGCGACCAUGCACGGAAAACUGUCGUCUCCGUUCACAAGCUCCCGCGCCCAGCUGGGCAAAGGACAGUUCACCGUGUGCCAUUACGCCGGUCCAGUCGUAUACUCUACCGACGGAUUCUGCGACAAGAACAAGGACAACGUGCACCCCGAAGCGCUCGAGUUUCUGAAUCUGUCGUCCCAUGACCUCUUGCACACAACAAAGGAGCCGCCGCCGCCGCCCCAUCAUCAUCACGUUCGCCAUCCAAGUUCGAGGCGGGUAUCUGCCAAAGAAAGAGCCAGCACGUCAUGCAUCCAGAAAUUUCAAGGACAGCUCAAGGCGCUGCUGGGGGAACUGGACACGUCCGCGCUGCACUUUAUCCGGUGCAUCAAGCCCAACGACCUUGGACAGCCGCACGUUGUGGACGACGCGCGGUUCUUGGAUCAAUUGCGAUGCAGUGGGUUGUUGGAAGUCACCGAGCUCACACGUCUGCGUCACCCUGUUCGCAUGCCCCACUCCCUUUUUUUGCAACAGUUCCGGUGCCUCUUUACUAGCACCGAUCGCAACGAUGUGGCCCGAAUGCUUCGCCACUGGGGGGUUGCUAGCCCCGUCGUGGGGGUCUCCAAGGUGUACUUUGACCAUGCGCUCUUGACCCACCUCCUCCAAGCGCGUGAACUCCGCGUGCGCGUAGCCGUCCGCACCCUGCAUCGGUUUGCCGCUGCGCUAGCCCACCGCCGCCAAACCCUCCGCCGCCUCCGCCUCCAAGCGGCGACUCGUACCGUAUGUCGAGCCAUGUUGGACACUAUCCACCGCCGCCGAACGGUUCGAGUCGUGCAAGCGGCCCAUGCCCAACGUGUGAUUGCAUGGGCGUGGAAAUGCUACCGCCAUGCGAUGCACCACAAGCGCUACAUGGAGGCAGCCGAACACACUGCGCGGCAAGAGCAACGCGUUAUGGUGGCGUGCCAAGCCUUGCAAACGUGGGUGCGUCGAUGCCAACUACGCCAAGCCUUGGUGCGCCACGCCCGACAGCUUACGACAGCCACCACCGCCACCGCCGUGCUGUCGUCCACCCGUCCCAGCGACUACCUCCGCGACUUCGGCACCCCUCCUCGCCAUCCCCUUCCGUACGUAAAUACGUUGGUCUCAACGAAACACAGCAUCACGUCGAACUGGGACGUUGCUCGAGACACAAGCUCCACGAGCUCUUCGUCCAUGGACGACGACUCGACGUACGAGAUCGCGUGGGAGUGCGGGAUGCUGGGCAUCCACUUCAACGUGGACGCAGGCCAAGUCGUCGUCCAGCGCCUCCACGUGACCCUGAGCACGUGCAUCGACAUCUUUGCCGUGUCCGUGGGCGAUGUCCUCUUGGCAGUCAACAACGUACCCGUCAUCCUGCACGGGUCUACAACGUACGCUUCGGUGAUGCGAUACGUGGCCCAGGCGCCCAAACCGGUGGUGCUGCAGCUCAAACGCGCGAGGCCGUCGCCCCACCAUGUCGCAGUGUCCCUUCAAAGCGACGAGUACGAACUGCUGUGGGGACGAAAGGCACAUCCGUCGCUCGGCAUCGAGUUCAAGUGGGACUCGAUCAACCAAGUUCCCGUGGUGGUGCACUUGCAUACUCAUGUGGGCCAGACCAUCCCCGGCCGCACCAGCGUCUGCGUCGGCGACUGGCUCACCCACGUCCAAGACGACUCGCUCCGUCAAAAGCACUCGACGUGGACUGCCAAACUGCAAGGUGGCGGCCAAACAGUUCUGUUGCGCUUCCAGCGCGCCGGAGCCAACGCCCGCAACAACGCUGACGUGUUGGCCCACGGAGGCCGGCUGAGUGACGUCGAAGCCGCGUGUUGCGGGUUCGAUGAAGUCCAGCGGUGGUCGUGGAACCCCAAGCACGACGACACGUUGCACCACCUGCUGUACACGGACGACGACGCGUCGCUGGGUCUCGUGCUCAAGCAACCCGCCUACAGGUUUUAUCUCGAAGUGAGCGACGUGAAAGCUGAGGGCGCCGUGCACCGCCAGCGCCACCAACCCCGACGCCGAAUCCUCCGAGGCGACCAGUUGGUGUGUGUAAACCACCAAAACAUCCGCGUGAUCGGACACUCGUCCGCGUUGGCGCAAUUGAAACAUGGCCCGAAACCAGUGCUGCUAACGUUUCGCCGGUCCAAACCUGCGUGCAACAUGUACCCCACGAGCCAAAGUUGCUAGGCAACGACAUCCACACGUUAGAAUAUCAUAGGCGUGUACGUACAGGUUGGUGCUUUUCGAUAGAAUAAUAACGUUAAUUUUGAUCUAUUUAUUCAUUUGC